UCUCAGGCAGUUGACUGGGAGUUAAAGCAGUGAAAUACAAACACUACACACAGUUCACACAUUUUUAAGCAUUUUCAAGGUUUUGAAAAUUAGAGAACGUACAGACAAAAGAUGAACAAAAACAGAAACAGAAAUGUUGGCAAGGUGAGCAAAUGGUAUACUCCUGACGAACUGCAUGAGCUAGUUGUUGAGGUCCAUGAGGGAGAUCUUCUUGAGUUUGAUCGUGGCAUAUACAAGCAUUGGGCAGUAUACGUGGGAUACAGGGAAACAUCUUGCUCAGGAAGGAGGAAAGUUCCCAGUGUUGUGCAUAGAUCUAACGAAGCAAUCAAUGGUGGAUUUUCUAAUAGAUCUAUCGCCGUUUCUAACAAAGGAGCGAAUGGUAUAGGAGACGUUAUUUUGCAACAACUUAGCCAUGUUUGUGCUGAAAGCAGUGUUCGAAUCAACAAUAGAUUUGAUAGUGAACGGGAGCCUCUUCCUACUGAAGAGAUAAUAGAGCGAGUAUUAAAGUUAGCCAACGCUAGAAAAACAGAUAUAUCCCGUGAACCCUACAACCUGCUCACAAACAAUUGUGAACACUUUGCUACUAAUAGUAGGAAUGGUACAGCUACCUCACAACAAGUUAAUGAUGUGGUUGAUGGGGUUACAGCAGGUGUGGCUGUUAUAGCUGGUCUGGCAUUGGUUGUUGGAGGAGGGUUAGCCCUGGCUGGUGGAAUGAGAAAAUCCCGUGAUAGAUACUCUGCUGAUUCAGAUUCCGAUUAAUCAUCAAGGAUGAGACUUUAAAGGGACUGUAAACGUAUUUUCAAGUGAUGAUCCAUCUAAAAAGUGUCAUGUCCUAUUUUACUAAUAACAUCGCAUUAUCUAAUCAAGAAUUCAUGAGAUAUCAAUUAUCUUUUCUUUGAAAUUUGAUUUUUUCCAUUUUGGUUUCUCUAUUAAGUGCGCAUUUAUCCUUCAGAAACAAUAUGGAGGAACUUGUCAGAUUCAAACACUUUCUAAUCUUUCUAAUUACAACGACAGUACCUUUAAUGAUGACCUAAAACUUUAAAAUUUUGAACAUCUGAAGAUUGAGUUGAAGAUCAUUCUUAAAUACAUUCUUCUGAUAUUAUGCUAAUUUACCAAACAAUGGCAAAGUAAAAUCAUGUUUAAAAGUCGUCUUCAAUAAUUUGUGUCUCUGAAGUCUCAUCCUUUAAGUGUAAACGUUUAAAUCUAAUAUAAAAAAUAAUAAUUUAAUGGAUUUAUUUUGAUCUGUGAUUAAUUUAGCUAAUUUAAUGGAUGUAUUGUGAUUUGUGAUUAAUUUAGCUAAUUUAAUGGAUGUAUUGUGAUUUGUGAUUACUUUAACUGUAACAUGAGCUAAUUCAUAUCUACAUACAGUGGUCGGCGUUUAUAUCAAUACAAUAAAUACGAAUUUUCUAUUUAAGUUUGAAUUUCUAACAAGA